AUGGCGUGGAGAAGCACGGGGACUUCCAACUCGGAGCUGGUGGAGAAUAUGGCGAGGCAUGGUCUCCUCAAAGAUGCCCGAGUGAAAGAGGCAUUCCUCAACGUUGACCGGGCGCACUACGCCCCGGAAAUGGCGUACGAAGAUGCACCGCAGCCCAUCGGCUACGGGGCAACUAUCUCAGCGCCGCACAUGCACGCUACAGCCAUGGAGAACCUCGUCGAUUACAUGGUACCUACGGCCAACCGUCCAGCACCCCGCGUGCUCGACAUCGGUUCGGGCUCAGGCUAUCUCACCCAUCUGAUGGCCGAGCUGGUGGGCGACAAGGGCCUCGUCGUGGGCGUCGAGCACAUCAAGCAGCUCAAGGAGCUAGGAGAGAAGAACAUGAAGAAGAGCAAGGAGGGCAGGGAGUUUGUGGACUCGGGAAAGGUCAAGUUUACCGUUGGGGAUGGGAGGAAGGGGUGGGUUGAGGAGCCGAGGGAGGGUGAGGAAGCGGGCGGAGAGGGGUGGGAUGCUAUUCAUGUUGGGGCUUCGGCGAAGGAGGUCCAUGAGGAGCUUUUGGCGCAGCUGAAGUCGCCUGGGAGGCUGUUUAUUCCAGUGGAUGACGAUAUUGGCGGAUGGGACCAGCAUGUUUGGAACAUUGACAAGGAUGAGAAUGGAAAAAUUACGAGGACUAAGUUGUUUGGUGUCCGGUAUGUGCCGUUGACAGAUGCGCCGAAGUAUUAG